GCAUGGCGUAAGAAUGGCUGCCGGUCCAAUUGCAGAAAGAAAUCAAGAUGCGACAGUUUAUGUCGGUGGUCUGGAUGAAAAGGUCCUGGAAGCUAUUCUGUGGGAGUUGUUCCUUCAGGCUGGUCCUGUUGUGAAUGUACAUAUGCCAAAGGAUCGUGUCACCCAGAGUCACCAAGGUUAUGGGUUUGUUGAGUUUAUGGGAGAAGAUGACGCAGAUUAUGCCAUAAAAAUAAUGAAUAUGAUCAAGCUAUAUGGUAAACCAAUACGAGUCAACAAGGCCUCUGCUCAUCAGAAGAACUUGGAUGUAGGUGCCAAUAUUUUUAUAGGAAACUUAGACCCGGAGGUGGACGAGAAGUUGCUGUAUGAUACAUUCAGUGCAUUUGGUGUUAUAUUACAAACACCUAAGAUAAUGAGAGACCCGGACACCGGUAAUUCCAAAGGUUAUGCUUUCAUCAAUUUUGCCUCAUUUGAGGCAUCAGAUGCAGCGAUAGAAGCUAUGAAUGGCCAAUACCUGUGUAAUAGAGCUAUUUCCAUAUCAUAUGCCUUUAAAAAAGAUGCCAAGGGUGAACGACAUGGGUCGGUGGCAGAGCGUCUCCUAGCACAGCAGAAUCCACUCUCACUGACAGACAGGCCUCAUCAGCUGUUUGCUGAUGCCCCUCCCCCUCCACAGCAACCACCAGCUCCAGCUCCGCCCUCUUCUAUAGCCCCACCCCCUCCUCCUCCCUCACCAAUGGGAUUAAAUACUGGCCCAAACCAAGGUAUGGGUUCUUCUGUUGGCAUGAUGCCACCACCUGUGCCACCACCAAACUCCAGUCAACAGCAGAUGCCAAUGCCACCACCACCCAUGCCACCCAUGGGGAUGCCACCCUUCCCUCCACCAGGAAUGCCACCUCCACCAGGUGUGAUGGCCCAAUACGGUCAAGGACAACCUCCUCCUCCAACCUCACAAACCUCAACCAGUCAAGCACAAACAAGCAGCUCGGCGAAUCAGCCACCACGUAUGCCUCCUGGCAUGCCCCCACCCCCAGGGAUGCAACACAUGGGGAUGCCGCCCCAUCCUGGAAUGAGACCCCCACCCCCAGGGUGGAGAGGUCCCCCACCAAGGGGACCAGGUGGGCCACCAUUUGGCCGACCUCCUCAUCCAGGGAUGAGAGGACCACCCCCGAGUGGACCACGUGGUCCAAUGAGAGGACCCCCACCCAGAGGCCCUCGACCUCCCUUCCAGGGGCGACCCCCACCGCCCCCAAUGUACUGAAGCAUGACUAUGUGUUACCUAGAGGAAUGUUACAACUAAAACACCUUGGGAAGAAUCUCGAGUUAACAUGUGAUAGA